AUACCAGACCGGCGCGCUGCUUCCUUUCCUGAACGCAGGUACAUCGAUCUAACACUCCUAACGAAGCGCGCUUACGCCGAGGGAUAUGGACGGAAGUCGAGGCUGCGGUCGAGGAGCGACCCUGGGUGGCGCUUGGAAAACUCUGGUCGAAUGGUUUGCCGAGCCGUUCCAUUCGUGCCGGACUAGGCUGGGCAGCACGGACCGCUUCCACGACCACGACGAAGAAGACAUGACCUGGGUGGAGUACCAGUGGCUCACUCGCACCAACCACGAGUCGCUGCGGUUGUCGAGACCCCCGCCACGGCUAAACCAGUGCUUCACCCCGCCCAAGCGCAGCAACACCAGCCGCAAGGACGGCGGCGAUAGCAACAACGAGGCCAGCCCCGUCACCCCGCCGAUUACGCCCCCGUCUCAAGCGUCGGCUACCACACAUAGCAACAGCAGCGAGCCGCCUGAUCAGUAGAGAAAGCGGUCGUAUUCUAGAAACCU